AUAUACACGGAAGCACGGUGCGGUCUCUUCACUCACGUUGCGAAUCGUCGAACGAAGAACUUCUUCACUUUCCUACAAGAAGGAACUUGUAUAAGCGCAUAAAGAAAGAAAAGCAAAGAUGGCCAAAGCACCCGCAGUCGGUAUUGAUCUUGGCACCACCUACUCCUGUGUUGGCGUUUUCCAGCAUGGAAAAGUAGAAAUCAUCGCCAAUGACCAAGGAAACCGAACAACACCCAGCUAUGUGGCAUUCACAGACACCGAACGGUUAAUCGGUGAUGCCGCCAAAAACCAAGUUGCUAUGAACCCCAACAACACAAUCUUCGAUGCUAAACGUCUUAUUGGACGUCGGUUCGAUGAUAGCACAGUUCAAGCUGAUAUGAAACAUUGGCCUUUCACUAUUGUAAAUGAUGAUGGCAAACCUAAGAUUCAGGUACAAUACAAAGGAGAGAUGAAGACCUUCUUCCCUGAAGAAGUUAGUUCAAUGGUUUUGGUAAAGAUGAAGGAUACUGCUGAGGCAUACCUUGGAAAGACCGUCACCAAUGCCGUUAUCACUGUACCUGCUUACUUCAACGACUCGCAGCGUCAGGCAACCAAGGACGCUGGUACCAUCUCUGGCUUGAACGUUUUACGUAUCAUCAACGAGCCGACCGCUGCCGCCAUUGCUUACGGCUUGGACAAGAAAGCCACUGGCGAGCGUAACGUCCUAAUCUUUGAUCUUGGUGGUGGCACUUUUGAUGUGUCUAUUUUGACCAUUGAAGAUGGCAUAUUUGAGGUCAAGUCCACAGCAGGAGACACUCAUCUUGGUGGUGAAGAUUUUGAUAACCGUAUGGUUAAUCACUUCGUCCAGGAGUUCAAGCGUAAAUACAAGAAGGACCUGACUGCUAACAAGCGUUCUCUCCGCCGUCUUAGGACUGCUUGUGAACGCGCGAAGCGUACUUUGUCUUCAUCUACUCAAGCAAGUAUUGAGAUUGAUUCCCUCUAUGAAGGAAUUGAUUUCUACACUUCGAUCACCAGGGCUCGUUUUGAGGAGCUUUGCGCUGAUCUCUUUAGAGGAACGCUAGAACCGGUCGAAAAAUCGCUGCGUGAUGCUAAGAUGGACAAGGCUCAAAUUCACGACAUCGUCUUGGUUGGUGGAUCCACCCGUAUUCCAAAGAUUCAGAAGCUGUUGCAAGACUUCUUCAAUGGCAAGGAGCUAAACAAAUCCAUCAAUCCUGAUGAGGCUGUAGCUUACGGAGCUGCUGUACAAGCUGCCAUUUUGCAUGGUGACAAAUCGGAGGCAGUACAAGACUUGCUGCUUCUCGACGUUACACCUUUGUCCCUUGGUAUCGAAACUGCUGGCGGUGUCAUGACUGCACUCAUCAAGAGGAAUACGACCAUCCCAACCAAACAGACUCAAACCUUCACUACCUACGCUGAUAACCAACCUGGUGUAUUGAUCCAAGUCUACGAAGGAGAACGAGCCUUGACAAAGGAUAACAAUCUUUUAGGUAAAUUCGAACUCAGCGGAAUCCCACCAGCACCCCGCGGUGUUCCCCAAAUCGAAGUCACCUUUGACAUCGACGCUAACGGUAUCCUAAAUGUCUCUGCUGUGGACAAGUCUACUGGUAAGGAGAACAAGAUCACCAUCACCAAUGACAAGGGCCGACUUAGCAAAGAGGAGAUUGAAAGAAUGGUCAAUGAAGCAGAGAAAUAUCGUACAGAAGAUGACAAACAGAAGGAACGCAUCUCUGUUAAGAACAGCCUUGAAUCUUACUGUUUCAACAUGAGAAGUACAGUGGAAGACGAGAAAUUGAAGGACAAGAUCAGCGAAAGUGACAAACAAAUGGUACUGGACAAAUGCAACGAGAUCAUCAAGUGGCUUGAUGCCAACCAACUGGCUGACAAGGAAGAAUUCGAACACAAACAAAAGGAAUUGGAAGCCGUCUACAAUCCAAUUGUCACGAAACUGUACCAAGGAGGUGGAAUGCCUGGUGGCAUGCCCAAUGCACCCGGUGGAAUGCCAGGUGGUGCUCCUCCCACUGGUGGUGCAUCUGGCGGACCUACCAUCGAGGAAGUCGAUUAAUUUUCACACAUUACCAUUGAAAAUGUAAUAAAUUAUUUUGCGAACAUAGAGAAUCAACUGUUCAUUUUCAAAAUCAAUUGUUGAUCUUUUAUGUACACAAAAUUUCGACUAAAAAUAAAAUGAAUUACGUAAAACUUGAA